GGCUGGAGUGGGCCUACUCCCAGGCCCCGGCCCUCCUCAGGGCCUCAGUCAUGGGCCUCUUCCUGCUUGCUUCAGGCCUCGGCUCUGUCCUGGGCUCAGGUCUCCUGCAGGCAGCUUUAGCCGUCGGCUGGCUCAGCCCUCACCACCUGGGAAACAUCAACGACUCCCGCCUCCAUCUUUACUUCUUCACGUUGGCGGCUGUCCAGGCGGCCACGUUGCUCGCCUUCGCCGUGUUCAUUGUGCGACCCUACGCACAGCGCACAAAGAGAGCCACGCUGGCUACGAGGGGGGCUUGGGGGGG